AUGUUGGAUCCUCCUUCGCCUACAAGGCUUAAGCCUCCCGCGGCGGGAGGUGUCUCUAUCGUCGACGCCGUACCAGCGUUGUUCGACAGACAGCUGAUAGACGAUCAGGUAGCUGUAGAGGCCGUAAUCAGUGCCACUGAGCGGCACCUCAUAGACAUAGACUCGCCCGGCGCUCUUGACGAAGCUCUUGCCCACCUCGAACGCUUACCGCAUCUCCUCGAGUUUGUGCUAUCCGCUGUGAACGACGAAGUCUUCCGAUCACUUUCGGCAACCAUCCUCCAACGUUUCUCCAAGACCAGCGAAGGGUUCUCGUCGUCUCUUGCUGCUAAGCUGCUCACGCGUCUGCCGCUCUUCUAUCUCUUCUUACCAAGUUCCUCAUCCCCUGACAUUUCGCGGGAGGCCCUCACGGUAUGUCGGCAACAGACUGAAGCUGCUAUACGGGCUCUGGAAGCCCUCAGCCGGCUGCGUUUCGAAGCCGAAGAAGAACCGCCGCUGGCAGACGAACUCAGCGAAUAUGCGGACUUCCUAUUCGCGGUCAAGCGCAAGGGUCAAAGCAAGCGGAAGCAGGCCAGACGCGCUCCACGCGCUCCCCCUGUCGACGUUAAAGCGAUCACCAGCUAUUGCGCAGAGAUUCCGCAGACUCGAGCGGAAGUCGCACAGCUCUGCGAAAGCAUCUUGAACGAUCAAAGACGCUAUCUAGGGACGUACUUGGAGUACCUUCGAUUGCCCUCCGUUCAAUCUGCUGCCAAACUUGCCUUUCUCCCUCCGCCUACUGACUUGUCCGACGCGUCAACAGUGCCUGAUGUCCCAGAGAUGGACAAGAACAUUGUCCAAGUUGAAGAGGUCGAGGUGCCCCCUGCCUAUCCCCUUGUCCAACCCAUGAAAGCUGCGCUAUACUUCGACAGUGCGGAAGGGUUCGGGGAAUGGCGCAUCCUCAUCUCUACCCGCGCAGACAGGGUUUUGCGACAUUGGCGGCGUCGGGACGCAAAGCUGUUUCAGAUUUUCGUCAAGAAAAUCAAGGAGCUGUCUAAUGGUCACUUCUCGGAUGACAACCAGAAGCGGCUGACUGGCUUGGACGUGGAGAUCCCCAUCUACGAAGCCAAGAUGACAGGCGACACCCGCCUUGUCUACCAAGUGGACUGCGUACCGGAGUUCGAGAGCGAUGUUGAACGGCAAGUCUUGAAGAUUUUCGGCAUCUACACCCAUGCACAGCUCGACCGUCGUUUCUGGGAUUGCAUGGGCCGCCAUCUCGAGCGAAAAGGAGCCGAGUACAAGAAAAGAUGUACAUUCCGCAAUCCCCCGGUGAAUCCUGGUGAUAUUGUCUUCACGCCGGCCUCUUGGCCUCCCCCGGCGGAGAAUCCUGUGUAUGAGCCUGUGUCUGCGAUCGCCGACAUGAGGAAGGAGGACUACGAAGAGCUCCAUUCGCUGCUCGUGUUGGAGAAGUUCGUCACAUUUUCUCAGGCCCUUCUAAACAGUAUAAUCGCCGACAAAGAAGUGGCGCAUGUUUUUGAGAUCACGCCCCAGGAAAAGAAGAUCAUCGAACACCCCUCCUCCUGUUAUGUCCUCGGCAGAAGCGGCACAGGGAAAACGACCACGAUGCUCUUUAAGAUGCUCGGGAUUGAACGCGCCUGGGAGAUGCAUCGGGACGCUAUGCCGAAGCUCCGGCAGCUCUUCGUCACGCAGUCGCGCGUGCUCGCCGAGAAGGUCGAAGAGUACUUCGCGAAGCUACUCGAGUCGCUCGCGACGGCCGCACGAUCCCCUGCUGAGCUGAAGAGCCUUGCGGCGCGCCAGAAGCAACAGCAAGAGCAGGGCCUCGUCGAUCGCGACGAGGAGAUUUGUUGGCGCGGAGACCUGCCGAAGCGUUAUGGUGCGCUCAAGGAGGAGCAUUUUCCGAUGUUCCUAACGUAUGACCACAUCUGUCGACUUCUCGAAAGCGAAUUCAGCCACAUCGAACAGGAUGUUCAGAAGAAGGCAGCAGUCUCCCGCGGAAUACAAGAUGCCUUCGAGGUGCACGAGCCAGGCGAACGCGACACAGCGCUAUCAAACGACUACAUGCAGCAGCGUCGCACCUCCUUCGUUUCUUACGGAACGUUCCUGGAAGAGUACUGGUUGCAUUUUCCGCAGGCCUUGACUAAGGGUCUUGAUCCAUCCCUUGUCUUCGGCGAGUUCAUGGGUGUCAUCAAGGGAUCUGAGCUGGCCCUAGAACGUCCUGAAGGGCAUCUCUCCAAGGACAUGUACCAUGGCCUCAGUCACCGUACGCAAGGCACCUUCGCCAACCAACGUGAGACGGUCUACAAACUAUAUGAGGCGUACUUGACACAUGCCCUCAUCACUUCAUUAUGCGCUAAUGGCGUUCCAGGCGAGGAAAUGGAUUUCAUCUACGUGGACGAGGCUCAAGAUAACCUUCUCAUCGAUGCCCUUGUCUUGAGAACGCUUUGUCGCAAUCCACACGGUAUGUUCUGGGCAGGAGAUACCGCACAAACCAUCUCAGUCGGCAGUGCCUUCCGGUUCAAUGAUUUGAAAGCAUUCUUGUACCGAGUCGAAGAGGCAAACGCUGGUGAAAACGCAGAGAAGCGUACGCAACCAGAGUCCUUCCAUCUUGCGGUCAAUUACAGAUCGCACGCUGGCAUCGUCGAUUGCGCCCACUCCGUCAUCGAACUGAUUACGCAAUUCUGGCCGCACGCUAUCGAUGCUCUGGCUCCUGAACAGGGCAUGAUUCAUGGGCUGAAACCGGUUUUCUUCAGCGGAUGGGAUCAGAAUACAGUUCGAUACGAGCAAUUCCUAUUCGGAGAAGCGGGAAGUCAUAUUGAGUUCGGUGCUGAGCAGUGUAUCCUCGUUCGGGACGAAGCUGCUCGCGACAAAUUGCGAGCCCAAGUGGGGGAUAUCGGGCUGAUCAUGACAUUGUACGAGAGCAAGGGCUUAGAGUUCAACGAUGUCCUCCUUUAUAACUUCUUUGAAGACUCUACUGUCGACCUCUCUCAGUGGCGAGUUGUCUUGAAUGCCCUCCCUCAGGAACAGCGAGUGGAUCACCCGGCACCCAGAUUCGACGAUGCGCGUCACAGUGGUGUCUGUCGCGAGCUUAAGUUCUUGUAUGUCGCUAUCACCAGGGCACGCAAGAAUCUCUGGAUCGCCGAUGGGUCUGAGAAAGCAGAUCCAAUGAGGAUUGUCUGGACCAAGAAGGAUCAGAUACAAAAUUGCACCCCAGGUACGGACGUUCCACGCCUUGCCAUGUCGUCGACUGCGGAGGACUGGGCGAAGACGGCGCUAUCCCUCUUCAACAACCGUCGUUACAUGCAAGCUAUGCACUGUUACGAGCGCGCUGGGCUUUCUCGGGAGAGAGCAGUGGCCAAUGCGUACUACCUUCGAGAAGUCGCACGGACGAGGCCUGUCAUCCGCGGAGAUAAUCAGUCUCAGACUCUCGCUUUCCUUGCCGCUGCCGAGGCGUUCAUUGCGUCAGCACGAGAAGCGGUCACCGAGAAGAAAGCCUACUAUCGAAUUGCCGCACAGUGCUAUGUCGACGGAGGCGAAGACUUCAAGGCGGCACAAGCGUACGCGCUAGCUGCAGAGUACACCCUUGCUGCUCAACACUACCGGAAGGCGGGCAAGUUCGAGGACGCAGUCGAUAUCAUUAAGGUGCACAGAGCCGAGAUGCAGGUAGAGGUGGUCGAGAGCAUCGUAGAUGUCUCAAGACUGUACUUCCUCCGGGAGAAACAAAUCAAGAAGGCCAUGGAGCUCUUUGACAAUGACGACGAAGCACUUGAAUACAUGGACGACUACGGCCUUGACGUCGCUCGAGCACAAUUCCUCGAAGACGUCGGGCGCUACGCAGAAGCUGCUGACGUCCAUCUCAGCGAGGGCAACACACUUGAGGGUAUUCGAGUCUUGACAAUGGACAAUAACAACGAAGCCUCGAUGAAGCGCGCACUGGAUUGCCUUCUAGAUGGCCUUUGGCGCAGCCUCUCGUAUGGAGUUCCCGUGAACGAGCUAUCACUUAGGUCCAGUGGUGUCAUCGGCAAACUACUGCGAUACACGAAUGCUCUGGGUAGGACGGACGCAGGUGAUGAACUGCUCCGUGACGAGUUCGUUGCAAGAGCAAGUUCUGCUGCGGCGUUCCUAUGUUUGGACCGCGUCUUCUCUGUGCCACUCAAGCUUCAGACCGCGACUCUUUCCGAAAUUGCGACGAAGCUCGAGACAUUCUACGUCUAUGCGCGCUUGCUCCAGAGGCUGUGGUCUGUCAACAAUCCUUGCGAAGACCCAGACAUCCGCAAGGUGUUCGCACUCCAGCCUUCGACAGAAGAUAUGUUCCUAUUGCCCAAGGGAACGCUCCUCGCAACCGAACACAAUGAUCGUCUUACCCCAUCGGCACGCGAAAUGGAACAGGGCACCUUAGUCCCUCGUUGGGAGCUCGAGAAGCUAGUCAAGCACGUUCUCAAAGUUCGCCUGUUGAAACGGGUGAAGGAAGAGAACGACAUGUGCUACAGUUUGCGUCCUCUACAACCUUGCCUGACUCACGUUGUCUUCCGUCAAUGCAACCGCGCUGAUUGUCUUCGGGAUCAUGUUGAAACGGAACGCUACGACGCGACGUCCUACAACACCCGGAUACGAACGCACAUCUUGCAGAUCCUCAUAUUUCAGACGCUCUACGCGAUCGAAAAUCAUCACGAACAUGCAAGGCAUCAGCGCUAUUGGCUCCGCCGACUUUACGAAGUUCUCAACCCUCCGUACUAUAAGCUAGGGUCCUCGCAACUCCUCUCUCCGGCGCUGAUCCCAGAGUUUUCAUUGGGCAGUCAAGUCAUCAAAGUCUGGGUUCGCGAUAAUCUCUAUGCUCUUGACCCGUACCGUCCCGCCAACGCAUUCUUGACAAGUCUCUUGCAAGGCCUUCGUCUCGCCUUCAGAUUCGAUCCCGAUGCUGCUUCGGAGUAUGUGCACCGUAUACCCGCUGUCGUAUCCUACCGACCACCUACAUUGAUGCGGGGCGGCGACUCGGAAGGAUACAUGGUGCAUUAUCUGUUGGGUUCAAUGCAGAAUAGCGACGUCAAGGCACUGAGCAAGGGUGUCCUCUUCAUGAAUCAUGUCUUGGAGAAGAAGGUUCCCAUCGACAUCGGGGUGCUCUCCAACUUCAUGGAUCACCUUUGUGGCUCAUUGCUCAUUGCGUCACGGCUGCGCGCAACGGCAACUCUGCACGACCUGACACUCCCCAAGAGCUGGCUCCUGCGUCUCUCGCCCAACAUUGAGGCACUGCGCAUCAAGGACACUCAGUUGGUCAAUAUCUACCAGACGCAGAUCACCCAGCUUCUGGAACCAAUCUACACUGGACAAGAUGCGGCAUACCUUUUCUUCGAGGGACGCGAUCUUUCUACCGUAAGCCACCAGAUCAGGGCACUGUUCUUUGCUAGAAUCUGCCGGAAUCUCUGUCUUUGGGGCUACAACACCCGCACGUCCGUGCACACAGUUCGCAACUCUAUCUGGCAAGCAAUUGCGGCUAUACGUCGGCCGGGGAGAGUGUUCAACCCUAUAGUCGAGGAGUAUGUGGCUGCCAAGAGUUGGGACCAGCUUGCUCGUGUAGUCCGUCGCUCCGUCAAGGAUUCUAAUCUGGAUGAAAUGGUUCAACUCCACUACGGAGGGAAGCCUGUGGAGAGGAAGUCCCUCUUCAAUGUCCGACGCAUACUGUAUGACCGGCUCGAGGACAUACCUUGGCUCCUCAGAACAGAUGGAUCCGGCGCAGCCUCCAUUGGAUUGCGAGCGGACGCCCCUUCGUUCGUGCCCGCAGUCGCUGCCCGAAGUACGGUACAGCCUGAGGAAGAGGACCAAGAGGAACCCCCUGCAGAGGAUGGUGAGAAUGAUGUCCCCGAGCAGGUGGUCGACGUCGAGCACGUUGCGCAAGCGAUCGAUGCAGAUUAUGCUACCGCUGCACCGACGGCCCCCACUGCCAAGGAUAUCGCUGCCGCGACAACCAUCGCAGAGGCCUAUCAGCGCUAUAUUGCGAAGAAACGCGUGAAGAGGAGGUCAUCGGAGGAAACUCGACGGCGCAUCUUCGCAACCUUCUCUGCGCAGGCGGGGAAGAUGGACUGGCCGCACCGCUACUACCGCAUGCUAUUCCUGGACCCCAUCCCUCAUCUCUAUAUGGCUGUAGAGAGUCUGAAGAACCAUCUCUACGAAGCACGAAACACGGCAAGGAAGCGUUUCGUGGUGGCGAAACAUCUAGAACUAGAAAGCAUGCAGUUGUCCCUCACUCAAUUGACACGGUCGUUCAAAAAUGCGCCGAAGUUGCAUGAAGCCCUCUCCCCGGCAUCUGAGCUUCAUCAGACACGGGACUUGGAGAAGCUGAAGGCAUAUGCAUCAGAGGCGGAGGCAUUGAUGCGAAGCCUGCCCAUGGCAGCUACUCUCAGCUGGGAGAGCGAUAUGAAGAUCGCUCUCCGUGGUAUCGUAGAGGUUGCAAAAGCCCCCUUGAAGCAGCCGAAACCAGACUUGAAUGCCGAAGGCCUGGAUGAAUAUUAG